CUUCUCCGUGCCGGCCUGGACUUCACCGACCACUGAACCUGAAUCAGCGACCGUAACCUGGAAAAUUUGCGUCUACAAUUCCUCGAUACUACGUAACAGACAGAUACGUGGAGUAUCAGUUGAUUCAAUUCAGCCAUCAUGUCAGACGACGAUUUUAUGCAAGCCUCUGACGAGGAGUAUGACUUUGAGUACGAAGAUGAGGAUGAUGACGACAGCGGCGAUGUCGACAUCGAGAACAAAUACUACAACGCGAAGCAGACCAAGACAUCCGAUCCCGAGGAGGCUUUGGAGGAGUUCUUAGGGAUACCGGCAUUAGAAGAAGAGAAAGGCGAAUGGGGUUUCAAGGCCCUCAAACAAGCCAUCAAACUGGAGUUCAAGCUGCAGCGCUAUGAGAAGGCCGUCGAGCACUAUCGAGAACUCCUAACAUAUGUCAAGUCGGCCGUUACGAGGAAUUACUCGGAGAAGUCUAUCGACAACAUGCUCAACUUCGUCGAGAAGGGCGCCGACAAUCCCACGGCAGUACAGUGUAUCGAACGGUUCUAUUCUCAUACCCUACAAUGCUUCCAGAGCACCAACAAUGAGCGUCUUUGGCUCAAGACGAACAUCAAGCUAGCCAAGGUGCUCCUCGACCGCAAGGAAUACCACGCAGUUGCCCGGAAGCUAAGAGAGCUCCACAGGGUGUGUCAGAAGGAGGACGGCACCGAUGAUCCGAGCAAGGGCACCUACUCGCUCGAGAUCUACGCCCUCGAAAUCCAAAUGUACUCAGAAACGCGGAACAACAAUCAGCUCAAGGCGCUGUAUCAGAAGGCGCUUAAGGUGCGCUCGGCAGUGCCGCAUCCCAAGAUCCAGGGCGUGAUCCGCGAGUGCGGCGGCAAGAUGCACAUGAGCGAGGAGAACUGGACAGAUGCGCAGAUCGACUUCUUCGAAGCCUUUCGCAACUACGACGAGGCCGGCGACCUGCGCCGCAUCCAGGUGCUCAAGUACCUGUUGCUGGUCACCAUGCUCAUGAAGUCAGACAUCAACCCCUUCGACAGCCAAGAGACCAAGCCCUACAAGAACGAUCCGCGCAUCGCAGCCAUGACCGACCUCGUCGAUGCCUACCAACGCGACGACAUCUACAAAUACGAGGAAGUACUCCAGAAGAACAAGGAGCUACUCGCCGACCCCUUCAUCGCCGAGAACAUCGACGAGGUGACGCGCAACAUGCGAACCAAGGGUGUUGUCAAGCUGAUUGCCCCUUACACGCGCAUGCGACUUUCCUGGAUUGCCGAACGUCUGCGUAUCAGCGAACCUGAGGUCCAGGACAUUGUCAGCUACCUGAUUGUAGAUGGUCGCGUGAAGGGCCGGAUUGACGAGCACGCGGGCACUGUGGAGAUCGAGUCGAACGGGGACGCCGAGCGCGCGAGGGCUAUUCAGUGCUUAGCAUCUGCCGUGGGGGAUCUGUACACCGCAAUAUUUAAGGACGGGGAAGGCUUCCGUCUAGCCGGAGAGCUGGCUCAGGGCGGUGGCUUCUCGGAGCCACUAGCCGAUUACCCUGCCGGGCAUACCUUUUCAGACCGAGGCCGACCAGGUGGAAGAGGACGGGGGCCGCGCCGGGGAGGCUUGAGAGGUGUGACCAUGACGACACACUAGGGAGUGAGCAUGAUGCUUGGUGCCUGCCGAACUACUAGCAGUGUACAGCUGCUGACGAGUGUAACGAGCAAAUACAUGUACAAAGUAUGGCUUGGUGCAAUGAAUGAGGAUUACGCGUCGAAGCUUUGGGAGGUGAUGCAGGGCAUCUGGGAAGUACCCUUACAACGACAGACUCGUAUGGCAGGGCCAACAGAAAGAUAGUAAUGGUAUGAGUGCUAUCUGUUUUUCUA